AUGUUUGCAGUGUGUGUCAGCUCUGUCGUUGUGGAGGAAAUCAAGCGGAUCAUCAAAUUGAGCGAGAUUAUGAAGUAUGGAAAGCUACCAACUGCAUCGAGUUUCUUCGCUGACAUCUCAAUAGGGAAGACGACAAGAACUGGCCCCAGAAGAACAAAGACGGACGACAAGAGUUGGAAAUCCGAAUGGGAGACGGCCAAGAUUGGUUCACUCGUCGAUGUCACAGAGUCGCAAGACCCCGAAGGACUGCGCGUCUUCUACUACCUCGUCCAAGAUUUGAAGGCAUUGGUCUUCUCUUUGAUAGCUUUGCAUUUCAAGAUCAAGCCAAUUUGA